GCAGCAAGGGGGGCCAUGAGGAGACUUACAUGGUACCCUCUCCCCGGACCCACACACGUCCGGGUUUUUGCAGACGUCACUGGUCGAUGGUCUUUGUUUUCUCUCCACCUCCCGCAGGAGGAAUACAAGUUUAUCAUCCGGCCAGGGACGGGACGGUCUCCUCUGGCGCUCCUCUCUUCCAUCCGUCAGAUUAGCCCUCGACCUUUCUCCUGCAUGGUGGACAUCCUGAUCAACACUUCUUUUUUGGAUGAUAUGGGGGAUUAUUCAAAAAAGAAGUCGGGAAUUGCAAUGUGUGUGGGCUGUGGAAGUCAGAUACACGACCAGUACAUCCUGAGAGUCUCUCCGGACUUGGAGUGGCAUGCAGCCUGUCUCAAGUGCGCAGAGUGCAACCAGUACCUGGACGAGACGUGCACUUGCUUCGUCCGAGACGGGAAAACAUACUGUAAAAGAGAUUAUGCACGAUUAUUUGGCAUCAAGUGCGCAAAGUGUGACAUGGGCUUUUGCAGCAGUGACCUGGUGAUGAGGGCCCGGGACAAUGUGUAUCACAUGGAGUGUUUUCGGUGCUCUGUGUGCAGCCGACACCUCUUGCCGGGGGACGAGUUCUCCCUGCAGGACGACGAGCUGCUGUGUCGGGCUGAUCACGGUUUGCUGGUGGAGCGGGCCUCUGCAGGCAGUCCGCUGAGUCCCGUGAACAUCCGCACCCGACCGCUGCACAUUGCAGACCCGGUCUCGGUCCGGCACCCGCCUCAUCACCGAAACCACGUCCACAAACAAUCCGAGAAGACGACCCGAGUCCGGACGGUGCUGAAUGAGAAGCAGCUGCACACCCUGCGGACCUGCUACAACGCCAACCCGAGGCCGGACGCGCUGAUGAAGGAGCAGCUGGUGGAGAUGACCGGCCUGAGCCCCCGGGUGAUCCGGGUCUGGUUUCAGAACAAGCGCUGCAAGGACAAGAAGAAGUCCAUCCUGAUGAAGCAGCUCCAGCAGCAGCAGCACAGCGACAAAACCAACCUGCAGGGUCUGACAGGAACACCUCUAGUGGCAGGCAGUCCCAUCCGGCACGACAACACUGUGCAGGGGAAUCCUGUGGAGGUGCAAACCUACCAGCCUCCAUGGAAAACCCUCAGUGACUUCGCCCUGCAGACGGACCUGGAUCAGCCUGCCUUCCAGCAACUGGUGUCUUUUUCUGAGUCGGGCUCUCUGGGAAACUCCUCAGGCAGCGAUGUGACCUCCCUGUCGUCUCAGUUACCGGACACACCGAACAGUAUGGUCCCGAGUCCGGUGGACACGUGAGGAGGCACCGGGGCAGCUGAAGGCCACCUCUCCCCUCUCCUGUGGAGCUCUCAUUCACGCCAAAGACCCCCCCAUCGGAACCAGGAUGGAUUAACGCCGCUGAAUGCAUCCAGGUCCGGACUGGAGGAACUGGGGGUGGGGUUCUGCUGGACACGGACAUCAUGGGCUUCUUAGCUGAGAACACUUUGCCAAUAAACCUGGACACGUUGUGAAUAUGUGACGGGAUUUACGCACACGAGCCUCGCGCCCAAAAGGUUUCAGUAUGAGUGAGAAGAACACAAAUGUGCAUGAUGUUUCACCGACUCCUGAAUAAGUUAUUGGAUCAGAUGAGAGGCGCACUGCCGCUUCUUCUCCCCAAAUAAGUUAUUAAGAUUAUUUAUUACCGGUACGGAAAGCUGAUCUAAUCAAUAAAACAACUGCGUAUUGCAUGCAUAAUC